UGCAGUCAUUUGUGCCGCACGCGGUGACGGGGCGGGCUGAAGGACUGCAGCUAUGCUGCGCUCUAAAAGCAGGUCUCACCAAAUAAAGCUGUAGGGGCCGAGCGAGAGGCGCUCCCCGGCUAUAAAUACCUUCUCUGAGGAGACACCCGGCUUUGGCUGUCUAAGCUCAGGACUGGAGAGCAUCCGCACACCGGGGAAGAGAAGCGCUGGGGGGGCACGCCUGAGAAGCAUUGGUGUAUCAUCGCUGAACCGAGCAGCAUGCCGAGAGUGGAUGCGGACCUCAAGCUGGACUUUAAGGAUGUCCUGUUAAGACCGAAGCGAAGUAGCCUGCGGAGCAGAUCUGAGGUGGACCUCCAAAGAACUUUCACAUUCCGUAACUCCAAGCAGACCUACAAUGGAAUCCCGGUCAUCGCAGCCAACAUGGACACAACGGGGACGUUUGAGAUGGCGCGGGUGUUCAGCAAGCACACGCUCUUCACGGCCCUCCACAAGCACUACUCCCUGGAAGAGUGGAAGAAGUUUGCUGCCGACUUCCCAGAGUGUUUGGAGCACGUGGCGGCAAGUUCAGGGAGCGGGCAGGCAGACCUGGAGAAACUCUGCCGAAUUCUGGAGGCCGUGCCGCUCAUCAAGUACAUCUGCCUUGACGUCGCCAACGGCUAUUCGGAGCAUUUUGUGGAAUUUGUGAAAACCGUUCGGGGAAAAUUUCCCAACCACACCAUAAUGGCUGGCAAUGUCGUAACAGGCGAGAUGGUGGAGGAGUUGAUUCUUUCUGGUGCCGACAUCAUAAAAGUGGGCAUUGGACCAGGAUCCGUCUGCACCACCCGCAUCAAGACGGGGGUCGGCUACCCUCAGCUGAGUGCUGUCAUUGAGUGCGCCGACUCUGCUCAUGGGCUCAAGGGACACAUCAUCUCUGAUGGCGGCUGCUGCUGUCCAGGUGACGUGGCCAAGGCGUUUGGUGCCGGAGCCGAUUUUGUGAUGCUGGGUGGGAUGCUCGCCGGCCAUGACCAGUCUGCAGGGGAAGUCAUCGAGAAAAACGGCAAAAAGGUGAAGCUCUUUUACGGGAUGAGCUCGGACACGGCCAUGAAGAAGUACGUGGGAGGUGUCGCCGAAUACAGGGCCUCGGAGGGUCGCACGGUGGAGGUCCCCUACAAGGGCGACGUGGAGGACACCAUUCGAGACAUUCUCGGAGGUCUGCGCUCCACUUGCACUUACGUGGGGGCGGCCAAGCUGAAGGAGCUGAGUCGGAGGACCACUUUCAUUCGAGUCACCCAGCAGUCCAGUCACAUGUUCGGCUAGUCGGCCCGAGGACUUGCGUCUGCAUGCCGUGGGGGGCCCACGGAGGACAGGGGGGGUCCAGUGCGCUGCUGGAGGUGGGCUUUGCCGAAUAUCCUUUUUCUGAUUUAGUAGGCUGCGCUGCUCCCUCGGUGCAGUGGUCCCCUGGGGUGCCUUCUGUGUGAUGUUUGCAUGUUUUUCCCCGUGUUCUUGUGGGGUCUUCCUGCAGUCCAAAGAACCAAAGAAGUGAGAAUGCACUCACUGAAUUAAACGUAUGACGAAGGGUGGUAUUGUAGAGGUGGUGGUGGUGGGCCGGGUAGCCCUGCUGCUUCAUGGUUCCGAACCACAGCUCAGUUUGCACAUUUUCACUUCCCAGACCCCAAUCCCCCACCACCCCUAUUGUGUCUAUGGUGGAUUUGCGUGUUCUCCCCAGGUGUACCCCCAGUCUGCGCCUUCUCCCUGUCCCUGUGUGCAGUUGGCGGGCUUUGUGUCCCCACCAGGCCUGUGUUCAGUUUGUCGAGUUUUGCCCCCAUGUUUCCCAGUGUUUCCAUGGAGUUCAUUUAUAUAGCGCCUUCCUGAACACUCAAAGCACUUUAGAUUGAUGGCAGGGGGUGCCACACCACCCCCUAUCAAUGUGUGGCAUGCACCUGGAUGACAAGAUGGCAGCUAUUCUUGUGGCAAGGCGCUGGUGAUGAAGGGAUGAGAGCAACAGUUAGGGGGCCAGAAUGGACAAGAGAGGACAGGGGGACAGCUUAACAAGGACAAGCUGUGACCCGCCUGGUGACAUCAAGCAAUUUAAUCGGCCCCACGUUUGAAGCGGACAAAAUCAAUCUGAAUGUGAGAGACCCUCGGUGACCACUCGACAGAACAGAAAGCUCUUGCUUGAAUGGGCAAUCACGUGACACCAGGAAGCCCCCAGAAUGUU